CCACGCUGGCUAAAUUUAUCCUGUGUUGACGGGUCGUGUCGGCUGAAGAGGAAGAGGACGCGUUUAUUACAAUCGGACAGUUGAUCACCUGUAAUUCACCUCUGCGGUGAAGGUGUCCGGACUGUGCUUCCUCUCCUGGAUCAGUGACGGGGCUGAGACAUGACUGAGCCCGCAGAGAAGAGGCUGAAGAGCAGCCUGCCGCUGUGCAGAGCGCACCGGAGCUCCGCGGGCUGCAGCCGGGCCAGACACAACCUGCAGGCCGCUGUGGAGGAGGCUCUGUGCGGGGUGAGCAGCCUGCUGUUGGACGGAGUGUACCGGCUGCAGGCUCUGGCCAGCGUGUUUGAACGGGACGAUGUCGCUCUGCCCCGCGUCACCUCUUUCUUCCAGCAGGAGGCGCUGAAGCAGGAGGAGGAGGCCGAGGCCAUGCUGGGCUACCUGGCUGAGAGAGGGGGAAGCUACUGUGGCAAAGACAUCCAGAAGCCAAACUGUGAGGCCGUCUGCGCCGUCCUGCCGGCUCUGGAGCUCCUGCUGCUCCAGCUGAAGGAGGAAGCCGCCGUCAUGGUCGAGCUGAGCCAGCUGGCCCGUAACCACGGAGAUCCGCACACUGCCAGCAUCGUGAAGAGUGAUUUUCUGACGCCGCGGGUAGACCGCCUCAAACUGCUGGGAGACCUGCUCACCAGCGCCCGCAGGGUGGGCUGCACCAACGACCAGACGGGGGGAUUUGGGGAGUACAUCCUGAACGAGCUGCAGGAGGAGCUGAGCAGAUAAUCGGUCGGAGUCAGUCAGAGGAAGUAUUGAUUGACUAGAAAUGAAUCUCCCCUCUGAGUUCAAUUCCCUUUUGUAGAAGCUAAAACUCAGGAUCUUCUCCAAAUGACCAAAGUGACAUUUUGGCAAAUUAGCUUGUUAGCAGUGUCCAGAGUCCAGACAGAUGUUAGUGUCACUUCACUGCCUCCAGUACAGAAAUACGUGUUUAGCAUAGCUUAGCACAAAGACUGGAAGCAGAGGGAAACUGUUAGCCUCAAGCAUCCAGCAACUCAAAAGUCUGAUUUUACAUUUUGAAAUGUUUCCAAUAAAUAUUGUAAUAUUUUCCAUGAAUUACCAUUUCCAUUCAGAACAGCUAGCAACAGUCAAACAGCAGCUAACAGUUAGCAACAGUCAAACAGCAGCUAACAGUUAGCUAGCUGGAAAGUUGCGACCUUCUCACACCGCAUAAAAUGUUUUUAGAAUUAUGAAAUGAGUCAAUACUUGUCACUGUGAGUGAAGAAGCACAUUUUGAAAUAAAGCAUCUGAGGUGUCCAGGACGUGUUAGCUUAGCUUAGCUUAGCACAAAGACUGAGAGCCAGGGGAAAGUGUUAGCCUCAAGAAAAAAUACUCUCCAGCAACAUGAAAGCUAUCUGAGUUACAGUCUGAAAUGUUUUUCAAAAGAAAUAUUUUAAUAUUUUCCAUGAACUAAAAUUCAGAGCACAGUUAGCUAGCUGGAGAGUUGUGACCUGUCAGCACCAUGUAACACGUUUUUUAUAAUUGUUAUAUUUGUCACUGCAGGUGUGGAAGCACAUUUGAAUUAAAGCACCUGAGGACGUGUAGCCGAGCUUAGCACAAAUACUGAAAGCAGGGAGAAACUGUUAGCCUAGCUCUAUUAAAGCACCUUAGGCGCCGCACACAUGCUGUGUCUUUAACUGCCUGAAAAACGUAAGGUCAGGCGUUGGGCAAUCUGGAGAUCCAUCGGUUAAAAAAAACAAAAAAAAAACGGAUUUUUCUUUUGUUCCUUUACCUCUGGAGGCACUGCCCAGAGUUUUUCGACUAACGGAAGUGCAGGGGCCUCGGGGAUCGCUCAACCCCU